AUAAGCCUCGGUUGUGGUUUUGAUUGUGCUUCGAAAAAUGAAAUUAAGAAGGUAUUAGAGCUGGGAGUCAAACCGGAGAAUAUUAUAUAUGCCAACCCCUGCAAACAAGACUCCUAUAUUCGAUAUGCCCGGGAGAAUACUUACAAACGACGAGCAUUCCCUAUGCCAGCUUGGCUCUAAGUUUGGAACUCCCCCGUCUGCCUUGUCUCCACUUUUUAAACUUGCAAAGCAGCUGAAAUUAAGAAUUAUAGGUGUAAGUUUUCACGUAGGAAGCGGUUGCUUUAGUGCAAAAGCAUUUGGCGACGCAAUCUCACGAGCAAGGCUAGUCUUUGACCUAGCCGAAAAACUUAGUAUGCCUUUACGCGUUCUGGAUCUUGGGGGCGGUUUUCCUGGAAUAGACGAAGUUAUUACUUUCUCUCAAGUUGCCUUAGUUAUAAACCGGGCUUUAAACAAGUACUUUCCCUUUGUUAAGUUCAAAGAUUUAUCUGUAAUCGCCGAGCCCGGUCGAUUCUUCGUUACCACUUCACACUCUCUGGCUGUUAACGUGAUUGCUAAGAGAACUUGCUUGUAUCCAGUACAACGCAGGGUAAGCGAUUCUUUGGAAGUAGAUUCCUUAGAACUUGAUAACGAAGACAGCCACGUUCAAACUUUAGAGAAGACUAAGUUGGCGCCCCCCUCAUGUAUGUACUACGUAAAUGAUGGGGUAUAUGGUUCGUUCAAUUGCAUAAUAUUCGAUCACGCCUCUGUCAAGGCCGUGCCGCUUUGCAACCAAUAUGGUUCUGAGUUUCCAGAACACUCUGAGCUUCGGUCAUGCAGCAUCUGGGGGCCCACUUGCGAUGCGAUGGACUGCAUAUUGAAAGAUGCGCUGUUGCCAGAAAUGGAAGUUGGAGAUUGGAUCCUUUUCCCUAACAUGGGGGCCUACACCACCGCCGCGGCUUCCACUUUUAACGGCAUGGAGGCUCCCGACGUAGUAUACGUCGAUUCCCGCUUUGCUGUUGAAUACGCUUGAUCCUUAACUCUACUUAUACACACCGAGGAAAGCUAAAGGACCUUUUAUUACGCAUAAGGGUGUUAAAGAGCGGUUAGCCGAAAACAUCAUUUUCAUUGGAUCG